GAUAAAUUAAUAUAAUUAAUUAAAAUAUAAAAAAAAAAGAAAGCUAUGAAAAUAAUUAACAGAAGCUUGCAAAAAAACGAAUCAAUUUCUCCUAGAAAAACUACUAAGUAGAAUUCUCAGCUGUCAAGACUUGAUAUCUCUAGAGCCUUUAAACUUAAAGUAGAAAGUACAAAUAGAAACCUUAACUCUAGUCUUUCUCCAAAGCAAGAAUAAUCUAAAACAAAUAUACUUUAAUAGAAAUUAAACUAAUGUAGAAUCCAAAGUCCUUUAAACAAAGUCCAUGAUUCUAAUUAGUUUUAAUUUCAUUAAAAAUCUAAAAUCUAUGGUGAGAAAUUAAAUAAUAUAAAAAAAAGCUAAUAAGCUGAAAAUUAGCUCAAUUUGUCGAAACACCAGAGCCUCAUUAAGUAUGCAUCUACUGAUUAUAACAAAUAUUAAUGUCAAAUAGAGGAGUAAAAACUUAUAAGUGGAAAUAAAAAAAGUAAGACUCAGGAUGAUAAUAAUUUAGAGAGUGAUUCUGACUCUGAAGAAGUAUUUUCAAUCUGGAAAGAAAAUUAACUUAAAAGUUGUGGGUUAGAUACGGAUUAAUUUAUUGAUGACAGAGGAUAAUAAUUAGGAUUUUACUAAAUUUACAGACUGCGCUCUGCAUUAUACUAACCAUCGUACGUAUCGCGUUUAGAUACAAUAUAAGAAGUGUAAAUUCUUUCAUAGCAUUUUAAUAAAGAGAUACCAAUAGAGCUUUUGAAGCAAUAACAAUUCUAUCUUGAUAAAUAUUAUGAAAUUCAGAAAAAAGAUAAAAUAAACAACUAAAUACUAUAGAAAUAACUUAGUAACUAAAAUUUUAAAGGUUUUACUUAAAAAUGUUAGACUGAAAGACUUUAUAGGCCAACAUCUUCAUAAGAAUAAAAUAAGAUUACUUCUACUAAAUUAAAAUAAUAAAUUAGUUAAUAGCUAAAUUUGAAUGAAACAAAUCGAAUUUAAAAAGAGAAAAGCAAUAUUAUCUAAAAUUAAUCAGAAAGAAUGACAAAAAAGAUGUAAAACAAGCAAAUUUAGAAAUAAAUAGGCAAAAAAGCAAAUGAUAUAAAUUAAGAAUACCAACAUUUAUCAUAAUAAUACAAAUCUAAAAGAAGACAAAAAAUUAGUAUAGACUAAGAAGAAAUUUAAAAAUUCAUAUAAAACUAACCCAUCACUGAUAAAAACAUUAUCUCAUAGGAUGGUGAUGAAGAUACAAAAAUUGAUUAAAGUUUUGAUAAUACCUCUAUAAUAUCUAAUAAUAAACAUAGCCUUUCCAAAGACAAUAAUAAUUCUACUAAAAUAUAAAAUGAAGAAAUAAUAUAAAAUAUUACAGAAACUGCAAAAUCAGUACUUUCUUACCUUUAAAAAAUAGUUUCUAAUCAAACAAAUUAAGGUUAAUAAUUAUUUUAAAAUAAUAAAUUCUUUAACUUGACAGAUAAAUUUAUGAGUUAUUAAUCAAAUAAAUAUGAAAAUCAUAAAUAGCGAAAUUGA